ACGAGUUAUCAUCGAGAUAUAUAAAAGAAAAAAUUGUAGGCCAGUUGGUUUUCUAUUGAGUGUAAGUAGUCAGCCAUGUCAGCAGUUGAAAGUGUCGUCACUCAAAGAAGCAAGAAGGAACCAAGUUCAAAUUUGGUAACCAUUGAUACCAAUGGUAACGAAUUCAAAGUUCCUGAUUAUACUAUCAAAGAUAUUCUUUCAGCCAUUCCAAAACAUUGUUAUAACAGAUACUUAUUCAAGUCUUUAGGAUAUGUUGUUAGAGAUAUUAGUAUGAUGGUGUUAAUUAGUUACACCGGACAUAAGUUAAUUCCUCAAGUUAAUAUUGAGGACCAUGCUAGUGUUAGUUAUUGUUUAAGAGGUGCUUUAUGGUUUUUGCAUUCGUAUUUGAUUGGGUUAUUUGGAUUUGGGUUAUGGAUUUUGGCUCAUGAAUGUGGCCAUGGGGCAUUUUCAGAUUACCAGAAUUUAAAUGAUUUCAUCGGUUGGGUGUUACAUUCCUACUUGGUUGUUCCAUAUUUUUCCUGGAAGUUUUCCCAUUCAAAACACCAUAAGGCCACUGGCCAUCUUCGUAAAGACAUGGUUUUCAUUCCAUAUACAAAAGAAGAGUUUUUGGAAAAAAAUGGUGCUAGUAAAAUUUCUGAAAUUAUGGAAGAAUCCCCAAUCUACUCUUUUGCCGUACUUGUAUUCCAACAAUUGGGUGGUUUACAACUUUACUUGGCUACCAAUGCCACUGGUCAAACUUAUGAAGGUUAUUCUAAAAUUGCCAAAUCUCAUUAUGCUCCAAAAUCUCCGGUUUUCGAUAAACACCAAUUCUGGUAUAUCAUUUACUCUGAUAUUGGGAUCUUACUUACUUUCACCAUGGUCUACCAAUGGUACAAGAACUUUGGUUUUUUCAACAUGUCGGUUGAUUGGUUAAUGCCUUGGUUAUGGGUUAAUCAUUGGUUGGUUUUCGUUACUUUCUUACAACAUACUGAUCCUUCAAUGCCUCAUUAUAAAGAUAAUGAAUGGACUUUUGCCAGAGGAGCUGCUGCCACCAUCGAUCGUAACUUUGGUUUCGUUGGUCAACAUAUCUUUCAUGAUAUUAUCGAAACUCAUGUUUUACAUCAUUACGUUUCAAGAAUCCCCUUUUAUAACGCUAGAGAAGCAACCGAUGCUAUUAAAAAUGUUAUGGGUGAUCAUUACAGAUACGAAGGUGAAAACAUGUGGAAAUCCUUAUGGAAAGUCAUUAGAUCUUGUCAAUACGUUGAUGAUGAUCAAAAUAAUGGUGUUAUGAUGUUCAGAAAUGUAAAUGGUAUUGGUAUUAAACCAAAAGAUUAGAUUUUAGGUUUCUUCAAUUGUAUUAUAUUAUAGAUCUCAUAUAUAUUACUUCUAGC